UUUUUUUUUUUUUUAAUUUAUGGGUAUUUGGUAUUUAGUGUUUUUGAAUCACUGUCUCGUGUGGGUUUUCUGAUUCCGAGGGUUGAAGGGUUUGAUUGGUUGAAGGGUUGUGUAAAUGCUAUGCAUUAAAUCGAUCAUGUCUGUAAUACAGCUUUUUGUUUAGAUAAAGAUUCCUACUUAAUAGUGUUCUACUAAUACUUAAUUUCUUCUAUAUUGAAUGAGAGGCUAAUUUUUCCUCCUUUCUUUAUCCCCAAGAUUUAUGGCUGUGAAUCAUUAUCACUCCCGUUCUGUUCCUAGAACUCAAUUGGAAAAUCAGAUCCGAAUAUAGAAUGCUAAACUCAGGUCAAAUAGUGUUUUCUUUCCUUAAUUUAGAUGUAUUUUUUUUUUAUACAAGCAGGGUACUAUCAUUGGACAACUUGAACUAUAAGGCAGAAAUAUUGACUGUUGAUUCUGAGUUUUCAUACCAGGGUGGGGUGAUGGUUUUAGUUACUGGUUGUUUAACUGGAGACAACAAUUAUAGAAGGAAGUUUACCCAAUCGUUCUUUCUAGCUCCCCAAGAGAAAGGAUACGUUGUCUUGAAUGAUUUUUUUAGACAUGUGGGUGAAUCUGAAACCGAUGAUCAGACUGAUUCAGUGGCAAAUAAUCAUAUUACAGAAAGCUCCCCAAAAGCUGUUGCUUUAACUCCUGGCUCUGCAGAGCCAUCUCUUGGUUCUGACAAUGACCACCCAGAACCUAAUCAAACUACCAAUGUAGAUGAUGAUACUCAUAAGCAUAAGGAUGAUGGUCAACAAUUGUCCAACGGCCAAGUGUCAGUUAGUGAAAAGGGAAUUGAUCAUGAGAAGCAUCCAAUUGAUUCAAGUCAGAGUGCUGAAAGUCCACUCACUGAGACAGCUCCUACAAUCCAGGAGGAUGCUCCAAAGAAGUCUUUUGCAUCAGUGGUGAGUAAAAUUUAUAGCUGUCUUGCUAGUGUUAUCACUGACCUGAAAAUACUCAAUUGCCUUCAUGAAUAUAUAAUAUUGUUUUAGAGAAGAUUCAAAUAUUCUUUAAAGAUCACAUGGAAUGGAGCUGGUGAUUGCAUUGAUGAAUUUGUUGUUUAUGUUCACAUCUUACAAACAGAGACUUAGAUACUUGUCUAUAUGCAUAAUUCUUUAGAAGGUGGUGUCGCGGUGUCCACAUGUGAAUGUCUUUGUAUUGGGGCUAAUUUUGACUGUUCAAAUUUUGAAGAUGUUAGUUUUGUUGGGUUUAAUAUGAUAUUUGGAUAUGUACAAAUGUCA